CCUGCGCGCGGGAACAUGGAGGGGCUGAAGGCCGUGUGCGUGCUGCGCGGGGACGGGCCCGUGCACGGCACUAGAAUUUUUAUUUUCUUCUUUGUUUUGAAGGAUUGUGGACCGGUAAAGGUGUCAGGAAGCAUUGAAGGUUUGAGUGAUGGAAAACAUGGCUUCCAUGUUCAUGAAUUUGGAGACAACACUAAUGGAUGCAUCAGUGCAGGUGCUCACUUCAAUCCUUACAGCAAAAAACAUGGUGGACCAGAUGAUGAUGAGAGGCAUGUUGGAGACCUCGGCAAUGUGACUGCUAAGGGUGGAGUGGCAGAGAUAUCCAUUGUAGAUCCCCACAUUUCACUUACUGGACCCCUGUGCAUUAUUGGACGUACCAUGGUGGUCCAUGAGAGAGAAGAUGACUUGGGUAAAGGAGGAAAUGAAGAGAGCACAAAAACUGGCAAUGCUGGUGGUCGCUUGGCUUGUGGCGUAAUUGGAAUAGCUAAGAUGUAAUUGCUGCACUGUACCUGAAUUACUUAAGGUGGAAAUGAGAAAUAGGCUUUAGAAGUUACAUUGGAAGCACUAUUCUUGGCCUUGUUUUGGCAGAAGCUUUACCAUUUAAUCUCAUUGCUACUUUGAGUCUAAGUAUCUGUAAACUGGUCAAACUGACUUGGUUUAUUUUGUAUAAUGUUCAUUGCUAUUAAACUGAUAUUAAUGGAAUAGUUUUGCAGUCUUCUGCAUCAACACUGUUCUAGUCAUUAAACUAUCAUUCUACUAAUGAAA